AUGCAAUCCUAUCAGCUGCCCGAUGAUACAAACCCUAAUGAAACUGGGUCUGGCAAGCGAUCGCUUCGAGUAACUGAAAACUUUGACUUGGAUGCGAAUCGUGAAGAAGACCUCCAGGGUGGACCUCUCUUGCUAAGCAUUGGCCGUAGAUUUGAGGGUCAGGAAACCGACUGUCCGGAUCCGCAGGAUGAUCCUACUCGGCCACUAAGCGGUUCGGCCCGUGCUGGUGCCUCGGCGGAUCUUGAACUUCCACUGCCCGAAAUGCACCAUGCAGACUAUGCAGAAACCACCGCAAUUUCAGAAUCGUCUCGUGGAAAAUCCUUCUCCGUCCCUACCGACGACGCCUUAUCUGCUGGUCAGCAGAACCAUGGCUUGCUAGAUGUCUCCCUACUUUCAGGCAUGGGGGACUUCUCGGGUCGGCAUCCAAACAAACACACAAUCGGCAAUUUAGACAUAAUCAUCUCGGAGUUGCCUACCGUCAACCCAAACUCCAGAAGCGAUGCACUAGCCGUUUUGCCUUGGCAUUUUGAGUUCUCGUGGAGUGCCGGGCAAUUGUUGUACGGCAGUGAUCCUUUGACUUCUCGAGCUUUUGAUGCUUUGCCUCGGAAUCGAUCCACACGCACAGGCAAUGCUACUGUUGCUGGUCAUUUGACGCAUGGCUCUGAUAGCAAUUUCAGCGACAAUGAGCAGAGCGCACAUAUAUCUACCAGAUGCAGUAAUGCAGGUGAGCCAGGUACUCUCGACCAUCCUGCGGACUCCAGGUGGUGCGCAAUCGACAAAGCUCUGCGCCAAGGUGUCAUUGACGAAGCAUGGCACGAAUUCCGUAAACGAGUCAUCGAAAUUGUCGAUGACCAUUUCUGGAGAACGCAUGCGCCACGAAGGUCAAAUAAAGAGGCUGGGAAAUCCGUGCAAAGCAAUAGCAACAGCGCUACCAAGCGCUCAAAUGACAAUCGAGUCACGAAACCCCGCGGAUCAAGAACAAGUCAACGACAGAAAGGCAACAUUGAUGAGGGUGAAGAUGGAAAUUCCGAGGAUGAUCAACAACGCGAUCCUGCAUUGCCUGAGUCCAAAUCCGAUCAUGAUAAGCGGCGCGUCUGCUGUCCCUUCUUCAAGAAUGAUCCAGUUCGUUUCGACAGUGGGGUUUCCCGCCCUAGUAAAGUUUUAUUCCUGAACCACGAAGCCCUGGCUCAUGUCAAAAUGAGGGCCACCAGGGAGUCGGGACCUCGCGAUGAACGUAUUGCCAAACAGUGGUUGCAUCUCUACAAGAUCAUUUUCCCUGAUGCUACAGCUCCAUUUCCAGACCCAUUUGUGGUGUCGCCUGAGGUUGUUGCUGCGAGAAGAAUAGCGAAACAGCUAUUGAGAUUCUUUCAGCAAAACCGGGCACUGCUGUGGUCGUCCUUUGCUGAAUUUCUUCCCCACGAAACGUUCGCCACUCUGGCAGAGCAAAAACGGCAGACAGAUCUAGCCGUUGAAAAAUGGUCCGUUCUAACUUCCGACGCCUUGGUCGAACAGUGGGGUUAUGGAGACUUUGAACUCGACAUAUUGCCAACGCGCGAUUUAUCUGAAGCCAAGGAUGGCGAGCCGACUACACGCAAUACUCUCCCGAGGCUUGAAAGCAAUCAGCAACGCAUAGGCGCAGAUUUCCUUGCCGCUCUCCGAUCUCCAAGUCCUAUCCCAAGCACUCUACAUACGCUCGGGCUUGGGCCCGAUGAUGGGAAUACAAAUGCCGUCAACCAGAAUAUGACCUUUCCCAUCAACACAUUCCCAGAUGAUGUAGGUUGGGAUGAUACACUCCUCCUUCAUGACGACUUCUAUAGAUUUGAGAUCGAUGAUGAUGCAACAAAGAGAGUGGAUCAACACGGUGAUUCUUCUCCAGGAAAGCACACUGGGUUGCUUCCCUCAAGCUCAAACACCAUCUCAAAUGGAGCCAUUGUACCUUGGUAUCCUGGAGUGGGCCAUAGCAUGGAAGAUGGCACUUUGAGUUUAUCUCUUCUGUUUGGCCAAGUUUCUGAGCGAGACGACUUCAAUCAAGGCUUCCAUGAUCAGGACUAUUACCAAGGGUGA